UGUGGAUUUACAUAUUUUCAAAUGGAGCAAAUGCAGAUUAACAGAUAAAUUCGAUGUGAUUGUUCGAUCACUAUAUGCGGCGAAAAGAAAGUAUUUGUUAUGUACUUCCCGGAGAAAUCAAUACUUUUGGAAUUGACCAGCCGAUGCAGCUCGCUUCGCGUUUUCAAGCAGAUACAGACUCAAUUGAUUUCUCGUGAUCUUCUAAGCGAUGAAUUCGUCGUCCACAAAGUCGUUACAUUUUUGGGUGAAUCCGCCGAUUUUGCAUCUUACAGUUGUGUAUUCCUCCACAGCAUCCGUCGUGCGUUGAGUUCUUUUCCAUAUAACACGCUUCUAUCAAGCUACGUAGUCUGCGAUAAACCGAGAGUGACGAUUCUUGUUUACCGAACAUUUGUGAGCAAUGGAUUUUCACCGGACAUGUACACGUUUCCUCCGAUUUUCAAGGCCUGUGGGAAGUUUUCAGGGAUUGGAGAAGGGAAACAGUAUCAUGGAACUGUCACGAGGAUGGGCUUCUCCGACGAUAUGUAUGUGCAGAACUCGCUUGUUCAUUUAUAUGGCGUGUGCGGAGAUUUACGGAGCGCAUGUAAAGUGUUCGAUCAAAUGCCUGUGAGAGAUGUCAUUUCUUGGACCGGCAUUAUAUCAGGUUACUCGAGGAUUGGGUUGUAUAAGAAAGCUUUGGAUAUGUUUUCAAAGAUGGAUGCUGAGCCUAAUUUGGCUACGUAUGUCUGUGCGUUGGUCGCUAGUGGUCGGGUAGGGUGUUUGAGUUUAGGGCGAGGAAUCCAUGGAUUGAUCUUGAAAAAGGCAUAUUUGAUCAGCUUAGAGACUGGCAAUGCUCUUAUAGAUAUGUAUGUGAAAUGUGAGCAAUUGUGCGAUGCUAAGAGAAUCUUUGGUGAAUUGCAAAUGAAAGAUAAAGUUUCUUGGAACAGUAUGAUUAGUGGAUUGGUUCAGUGUAAAAAGUCUAACGAGGCGAUUGAAUUGUUUUCUCUGAUGCAAACGUCUUCGGGUGUAAAACCAGAUGGGCAUAUACUUACAAGUGUUCUCUCUGCGUGUGCUAGCUUAGGAGCUGUGGAUUACGGAAGAUGGGUUCAUGAGUAUGUUGUAAGCGCUGGAAUCAAAUGGGAUACGCAUAUUGGAACCGCGAUUGUCGAUAUGUAUGCGAAAUGCGGCUACAUCGAAAGAGCUUUGGAGAUUUUCAAUGGAAUCAGAAGUAAGAAUGUGUGUACUUGGAAUGCUCUGUUAGGUGGUUUAGCUAUCCAUGGACAUGGACAUGAAUCCCUUAGAUGUUUCGAAGAAAUGGUUAAGCUCGGUUUUAAGCCGAACGAGGUAACUUUUCUUGCGGUUCUAAACGCUUGUUGCCACACGGGUUUAGUGGAUGAAGGGAGAAGAUACUUCCAUAAGAUGAAAACCAGAGAAUACAAUCUAUCUCCUAAGCUUGAGCAUUAUGGAUGUUUGAUUGAUUUGCUAUGUAGAGCUGGAUUGUUAGAUGAAGCGUUAGAGCUUGUCAAAGCGAUGCCGGUUAAACCGGACGUGCUUAUAUGUGGAGCUAUUCUUAGUGCUUGUAAGAGUAGAGAGACAUUAGUGGAGCUUCCUAGAGAGAUAUUAGAUAGUUUUUUAGAGAUGGAGUUUGAAGAUAGUGGUGUUUAUGUGUUACUGUCGAAUAUUUAUGCAGCUAAUAGAAGAUGGGAUGAUGUUGCUAAGGUUAGGAGGUUGAUGAAGGUUAAAGGUAUCUCAAAGGUUACAGGAUCAAGUGCUAUAGAAGUUUAUGGCAUAAAACAAUGAUGAUAUAUGUAUGAUCCAUGAGAAUGUGCUCACAUAGAUUGAUAGAUAAGAGAGUUCAUGAGUUUCUCGCAUGUCUCUGCCUAAAGCUGAACUUGUCCUCUUCUACUUCACGUUCCUCUUGCUUCUCUCAUCUUAUUAUAUGUAUAUAUAUAUAUAAUAUAAUAAAUUAUAAAAUAUAUGCUGUCAUGUAUAUGCAGUUACAUGAUUAUGAUUAUUAUCACACA